AUGUUAAAGGAGUAUGCAAUGAGGUUUAAGCAGCAUGGGAUUGUACUACGAUACAAUAAACUUAUGUGUAAAUUUUGUCGUUGUAGGGCCAUUUUCCUGAAUUUAUCAGGAAUUAAGCAACAUAUCAGUACAAAUUCGCAUUUAUCAAACGAACAGACCAUAUUGGAAUCGAGAAAAAAACAGUUAAUCCAGGAACAGUUACCUGAAAAAGUUGCAAAAGCUUUUUUGGAGGCGGAUAUACCGCUUAAAAAGCUUCGAAUUCCUGCCAUAAAGGAGUUAUUCCAGUCGAUGGGCUUCAUAUGCCCUGCAGAGAGCACUACCAGAAGAUUUGUUGACAAGAUAAACAAUGAGAUGAACAUGCAGAUAAAGAGUCAUUUAUAUAAUAAAUUGCUCUUUCUGAUGUUUGAUGGGUCUUGUAAAGCUGGUCUCCACUACAUUAAUAUCAUGGCAGGUGAUAUUGAGGAACCAAGCAAGAAAUAUCUGAUUAAUCAGAUUGUAACCGUCGAGUCAGAAACAUCAGAGAGACUUUUUACUUAUAUAAAUGACUCUUUAUCUCUGUUUAAUCUUCAUUUUACUGAUGUUAAGAUGAUAAUAUCAGAUGGAGCGCCAUAUAACACCAAAUUGAAGAAAUUGAUCAAACGUCAAGAAAGAUCAAUAGUAUUCAUAACGUGUUUUAUGCAUCUGUUGCACAACUGUGCAAUGAAGAUACGACAAACAUACAAAUUAACCGAUCAAUUUAUUGCAUCUGUAAAAGAUAUUACAGUCAGAUGCAAUAAAUAUCGUGAUUUAAUUGAGUUUGUAGGUAAACCACCUUCUGUUGUGGAAUACGUGGCUAGAAUGUGCCAUAUGGUAUUAUUCGAAUUAUUCUGGGGUUAA